AUGACAUCAACAUUUAAUAUAACCAAAGCACGUGUAUCACCUUCACACUUAACAUCAACAUCUUUAUCAUCAUUACCACCAAAACAUUGGGCGCAUACAUGUCAUGAAACAAUAUUAUUAUCCAAUGAUAAAAAAUAUUCUAUUCCACUUUCAUUAGCUGGUGGUGCUGAAAAUGGACAAUUUAUUUAUUUAAAUCAAUCGAUUUCUUUAAUAAAAAAUAAAACAUCAAUAAAUAUUAUAAAAGGUGGUAAAAUUGAUUCAGAUGAAAUUAUUCUUACAAUCGAUCAACAUCAAAUAGCUGGCUAUACAUUAUCCGAUGCACAAUUGCUUAUUGAAACACUUUCAAUCAAUGGUCAACAAAUUAAAUUGAAAACUGUCAAAUCGGGUUUAACCAAAGAUCUUCGUCAAUUUCUCGAUGGACGUUUUGAAAAAGGCUCGAUUGAUCAUGAUCUUCAACAAACCAUACGUGAUAAUCUUUAUAUGAGAACAGUUCCUUGCACUACACGUCCACCUCGUUCAGGUGAAAUGAAUGGGCAAGAUUAUACUUUUUUAAGCGUAAAAGAUUUUCGUGCAUUGGAAAAAAAUGGUAAUUUACUUGAAAGUGGCGUAUAUAAAGGACAUUAUUAUGGCACUCCACGUCCAUCAAAAGGAAUAUAUUUAACAAAAAAUAAUCAAACACGUCGAAGUAAUUCAGCAAAUGAAAUGUUUCAACAUUUUGAUCCAGAAUUUUUUAAUAAUAAUAAUCAAAAUUCAAUGAAAAAUCUUCCACCACAAUUAUCAGGAGAAUUAAUAACAAGUUCAUUAAAAAAAAGUCAACAUGGUUUUGGUUUCACCAUCAUUGGUGGUAUUGAAAAAGGUCAACAUUUUCUUCAAAUCAAAGAUAUUUUACCUGAUGGACCAGCAGCAAGAGAUGGUAAACUUCAACGAGGUGAUAUACUUGUUUAUAUUAAUGAUUCAAAUGUUAUGGGUUAUAGUCAUACAGAAGUUGUUAAAAUCUUUCAAGCAUUAUCAAUAGGUGAUAGUAUACAUUUAACUGUUUGUCGUGGUUAUCCACUUGCAGUUAAUUUUGAUGAUCCACAAAUUGAUGUUGUAUCAUUAAAUGGUGUUCAUCAUUUACCUAAUGGUGGUUAUAAAGAAUAUCAACCGGAUAAUCAUUCGCGUACAUUUGUUACUAAAAUUCGAAAAGGUGAUCAUGGUUUUGGAUUUACUGUUGCUGAUAGUCCAUUGGGUCAACGAAUUAAAGCUAUUGUUGAUAGACAACGUUGUCAAAAUUUAUGUGAAAAUGACUUAUUAUUAUCGAUUAAUGGACAAGAUUUAUCAGGAAAACAACAUGGGGAUAUUGUUGAGAUGCUUAUGAGAUGUCCAAUGGAUACAGAAACAACAUUCGUUAUUCGAAGAGGCGAUGCUGAUGUUAAUAAUAAUUCAUUUAUAUUAAAUGGUAAUAAUCAUGUAGAUAAAAAUAUUCAGGAAAACAAUGAUAUCGAAACUUAUUAUCCAUCAUCAAAGAUAACUGAAAAACCUCGUAGUAAAACUCCAACAUCAUUUGGUUCUACAGCACCCACAGAUACACUUCCAUUUCGUUCUCGAACACCAUUACCCACGAAUACUAAUACAAAUUUCCCUAAUUCAGAUAUGAUUCAAACAUCUACAACAAUAAAUAAAACAGAAUUUGCACCUGAUUCAGUAUAUUCAUUUGAUCGACAAGUACCAUUAACACGUAGUGCACGUGAUAUAAGAGUAACAAAUAUACCACCAUUACGUAGUAAAACUCCUGGACCGGAAUUUGGUGCAACAUUACCAUCAUCAUCCUAUCGUGCUAAUACCAUGAAACCGAGAAGUAAAACGCCAACACCUUAUGAAUUUUCUUCAAAUACUUUACAAAACAGUCGAUCAUUACAAUCUGUUCAUCCGCAAUAUAUAGAACAAAUUGUUAAUUUAACACUUUUACGUCCAAAUGAUGGUUUUGGUUUGCGAGUUGUUGGUGGCGAAGAAGAAAAAUCUCAAGUAUCUAUUGGUCAUAUUGUUCCUAAUUCACCAGCUGAUGUCGAUGGUCGUCUUCAUAUUGAUGAUGAAAUAAUUAAAAUCGAUGGUCAUUCAACAAUACGUGCAUCACAUGAAAAAGUUGUUCAACUUAUGCAACGCGCAAAGGAAAAGCAACAUGUUUGCUUAAUGGUUCGUCGUUAUAUGUAUCCAAAUAAUAAUUAUAAAUCAAAUUCUUAUCAUCAAACAAAUCAUGAUUCACAUCUAGUAUAUCGUAAUGAAACACAUAUGAAAUCAUCAGUAGAUAAUGAAAUACGUCAUGUAGUAUUACAAAAAACAGAUGAAUAUCAAAGUUUUGGUUUUGUGAUUAUUUCAUCACAGAAUAAAGCUGGUGCUAUUGUUGGUAAAAUUAUUCCUAAUAGUCCUGCUGAUCUAUGUGGUCAACUUCGUUUAAAUGAUCGUAUAUUAGCAGUUAAUGGCGUUGAUUUAACUCAUAUGGCACAUACAGAUGUUGUUAAUUUAAUCAAAGAAUCUGGUCGAAUGAUAACCUUAACCAUCGGUCCACCAAUUCAUCUUGAUGAUCAAUCUCGUGAAAGUCAAAGUCAUAUUCGACCAUCAUCAUCAUCAUCACCAAUGGGUAUUUCUAAUGAAAAUAAUCAUACAUUAAGAAAUGCAUUUUCACAUAAUCCACUCAAUAUUACUGAAAAAAAUCAAAGUCGUCCUUCAUCCAGAAUAAAUGGUAUAUUAAAAUCAUAUUCAAUAUCUGAUGAUUAUUAUAUUGUUGAUCUUCAAAGACCAUAUUCAAAUUCAAGUUUUGGUUUUAGUAUUCGCGGUGGAAGAGAAUUUUCUAUUCCAUUAUUUAUAUUAAAAUUAGCUGAUACUGGUCCAGCUGCAAAUGAUGGUCAAAUGAAACCUGGAGAUCAAAUUAUUGAAAUCAAUGGUCGUUCAACCUAUGGAAUGACGCAUAGUGAAGCAAUCGCAUUAAUUCGUGAUGGUGGUUUAUAUGUUCGUUUAUUGUUACGAAAAACGCAUGCGCCACCACCAAGUUUAGAUGAAGUUAAAUCAGCAAUGGGAAAUGGUAUUGAUUCUACAAAUGUCUAUUGGAAAGCAAGUCCUUAUACAUAA